CCGAUGGACGUGCAGAAGGAAGCGUUGUGCAGGAUCAUCGGCACGUUGGCCAAUAAGAAGGAAGAGGCGGGGCUCUUCCUUCACGCUGUGGAAGACACGGUGACGGGCCUGCAGGAGGAGUCAUGUCACGUGUUGUCAGAGCUGGAGGCGGAGCUCCAACUGCUGAGAUCCACCCUGGAGGAGAAGGGGGCGGAGCUUCGUGACAUCAUCAUAAAGGAAAAGCAGAGGAAGGAGGUGGAGCUUCAGAACCAGCUCCUAGAAGGGAACCUGGCCAUGACAUCGUGUGAUGAACUCCUGGAUUUCGCCAAGCAGACUCUGAGCAUCACCAACGAAGAAGACUUCCUGACGGCUGCCAAACAGAUCAAAGAACGGGUAACGAUGGCCCCGGCGUUCCGGCUGUCAAUGCGUCCGGCGGUGUCGGGAAACAUGCAGCAGUUCCUGGUGGACUUCAGCGGCCAGAGGGCGGAGCUCCAGCGGCUCCACUUCCUGCCGGUCCCCGCGGCGCCGCGCAUCGACGCCUCCCGCUGCGUCGUCCGUGACAACAGCAUCACGGUCGUCUGGGGACCAAUCGGCGACGGCGAUGAUGGGGGCAGUGGACCAAUCGAGCGUUACGAACUCCAAUAUCGAAAGGCAGACUGCGACUCUUUGCUGAAAGCAGUCGCAGAGGCAUCCUGGGAAAAGAUCUGUGACAUCAGAGAGACAAAUGUCACCAUCUCAGGCCUGAAGUUCGAUUCCAACUUUGUGAUAGUUCGAGUGCGAGCACGAAACAAAGCGGCUGCUGGGGACUUCUCAGAGCCCGUUUCCAUGGAGACCAGAGCAUUCCACUUCAGUCUGGACGCCUCCACGGCUCACAGCGAGCUGAAGGUACUUGGAGACACGGUGACCUGGGAGCCUCAGGGGGUCAAAGGUCCUGACCCCCGGCUGCGAGGAAAAGACAACAAGGGCAGUCGCAGUAACACUCCAUCGCCCAACAAGACAUCCGCAGGACGACCUGGACGCUUUGCUGGAGACUCCUACACCGUUCUGGGAGACAAAGAGAUGAGUGGCGGCUGUCACUACUGGGAGCUCCGCCCCCUGGCUGAUUGGAAGUCACUCAGCGUGGGCGUGGCCUACCGUGGCAGCCUGAGCCGUUUUGACCAAUUAGGGAAGAGUUCAUGUUCGUGGUGUCUGCACGCCAGCCAAUGGCUGCAGAGCUCGCUGUCGGCCAAACACAACAACCGAGCCAAGAUGCUGGACAGUCCACUGCCGCACCGCAUCGGGAUCUACUGUCACCAUGACAACGGAGAUCUGUUGUUCAUUGAUGUUGAUCGACUUCGUCUUCUUCACUUCUUCAAAACAAAGUUCAGUUCACCACUCGUCCCUGCCUUCACUGUGUGGUGUGGAGGGAUCGUCAUAGAAACGGGACUGCAGGUGCCCAGUUUCAUUGGAAACUUCCUGUCGACCAAUCAGAGCCCGGAUCACCUGUCGACCAAUCAGAGCCCGGGUCUCUCAGGUCACCUGUCUCAGUAGUUUUUUAACUUAAAUGUUUUAAAUUAGUGUAUGAGAUUAAUUAGUGUUUAAAUAUUUAUUCUCCGGUGGGCCCACCACCCGCCGAGGAAAUCGUAGGGGCUGGGUGCGAUGUCGAUUGGGUGGCAGCCAACAGCAAGGUGCCCG